UUUCAUUCCAUCCUCCUUUCUCUUGGGCAAUGUCCCCCCGCACUGGGGAAAUUCCUCCUCUGCACAAUAUAUAAGCCCCCCGGCCUGGUGGAAGGCAUUUUCACCACAGAGAAGGCAACCCAGACAUCAUGGCUGUUCUGCUCAGGGCUCUGACCCUGGCAGGUAAGAGGUGGGAAGGGCCCCCGGGGUGGAGGGUGGAAAAGAGACCAGGGUUCCUGAGCUUUGUAAUGAGAGAAGGAUAGAGUCACCAGACCUCCAGUUCUGACCUGAAGCUUCCAGGUUUGCUUGGCUUCCUCCAGGUGGCAAGUGGAGGGGCUUGAAUCUCCAGGUGGGCAAAAGUCCCUUACAAUAAAAUAAAAUAAAGAUCAUUAAGAAGAUUGUGCAUGAAGCUUGCAAGCUUCAGCCCAGCAGGAACAGACUGCAAAACAUAGCCUAAACCAUGGGUAGGCAAACUAAGGCCCAAUCGCCUUCUAAAUCCGGCCCACGGACGGUCCGGGAAUCAGCGUGUUUUUACAUGAGUAGAAUGUGUCCUUUUAUUUAAAAUGCAUCUCUGGGUUAUUUGUGGGACCUGCCUGGUGUUUUCACAUCAGUAGAAUGUGUGCUUUGAUUUAAGGUUAUUUGUGGGGCAUAGGAAUUCAUUCAUUGUAUUUAUUUUUUCAAAGUAUAGUCCGGCCCCCCACAAGGUCUGAGGGAUAGUGGACCGGCCCCCUGCUGAAAAAGUUUGCUGACCCCUGGCCUCAACAGUCUGCAGGGUCUGCUCCCCUCUGCUCUCCUCUCCCAAUUAACCUCCGUCUCCAGGGGCCUCCCCUUGUGACAUCACUGGGGGUCUCCCCUCGUACCACCAGAGGCUACCCCUAGGUCUCAGGUAUGGACCCUGAAAUCUUGGGGUCUGAAUUGCUCCUAACUUGGAUCAUAGGAUCACAAACAUCUGCCUUAUCCUGAGCUUAGGGUGGGAAUAGUGUUGGCAGCAUUCCCACCAGAACAAACACAAACCCCUGUGUUGCAAAAUGUGACAAAAUGCAAACACAACACGCAGGCUAAUAACUGUUAGUAAAUAUAUAAUCGGUACGAUGUCAUUCAAAAUAUAGGAAUAAGCCACUUCAAAAUGAUGUCUAUAUCAUACAACACAUCUCACAAAAUAUACAAGUAACUGCAAGUUGUUAUAUGUAUAAUAGUCAAACGAAGAUUCAAACAACCAAUGAAUAGUGAGGAAUGCCAAACCGUCUCUCAAAGGAAGACGUCUCACAAAAGUCUCAAAAGGACAGUGCAUCCGGAAUAGUUCAACUGUUUUGGAAAAAAGUCUUCAUCAGCGAAUAAUUAUCAAUGAAAUAUACCGGUACAUACUAGUGAAGAUCAUACUAAUGGAUCAGUGCUCACUGGAUAAUGUAGCUGCUGUUGCAUUUACUAACAGUAAAUUACUAACAGUUAUUAGCCAGCAUGUUGUGUUAGCAUUCGAACCAGCACACGCCUUUUGCAGCUGGAUCUAGAAUUGAUGUCUUUUCUCUGCAUUCCGAAAAGCUCCCUCUGCAAAUCCCUGGCGAUCUGGCUAUUGUCCAAAGGCAGCUGCCAAUGUUAGGGGCGAGAGAAGGAAGCUUGGGUGGGGUAAUGUUUAUCGGCUUGUGGUAAUGAAGAAGCGGGAAUUUCCACCGAUGUGGCGGAACAAUUUCCCUACUGAAAUACGAGAGGGCCCAAUCAGUAUUGGCAUUCCGCCGGCUCCUCAAUACGCCCCUGUUUAGACAGCAAGCAUCUCCAGCGAGCAUCUCCAAGCAUGACAGUUUACAAUUCUGUUUGAGCUCUUUUAAUUGCUGUGCUGUAUGGACUUGUUUGCUACUCUUUUGAUUGCGGAUUUUUAAAAAAAAUAUUUUUGAUGGAAUUGUUUUAUGUUUUGUCAGUUUUACACCUGUAAACUGCUUAGAAGCCUUGUCGGCACAUAAGCGGUAUAUAAAUUAAAUCAUCACCCGGAACUUCCCAAAAUCUUCCUCUUUUUUAAAAUACAUUUUUAUUGGUUUUUUGAACAUAUCAUUUCCAACAAUCAUUUAACAUAACUUCUUAUACAAUAUUUCAGACUUCCGUCAACAACUUCUGAAGAUUUUCCAUUCUUUAUCACUUGUUCUGCAUUUCUGAAUUUCUCUGUUACUUUUAAUUAUCUUAACUAAUAAUUCUCAUCCUAGUCUUUCUUGCAAUAUUGCAAAUAGCCCUCCUCACAGAACGUCUUGCAGUCCUACUAGCGUAAUCUGUUUAUUACAAUUGAUUUUCAAAUAGUUCAGAUAUUUACUCCAGUCUUCUAAGAAUCUCUGAUCCCGCAGAUUUCGAAUCCUUCCUGUUAAUUUAUCUAAUUCUGCAUAGCCCAUUAAUUUCAUUUGCCAUUCUUCUGUCAUCAGUAAUCCUUCUUGCUUCCAUUUUUGUGCCAAUAAUAUUCUUGCUGCCGUCAUUGCACUUCCUGAAAUCUUCCUAUAACCUUUCUUCUUGGUUCUGCUCUUGCAGCCUUCCCCCCCCCCAUCAUAAUUUUUAUUGAGUUUUCCAUGUUUCAUUUCAAUUCAAUACACAUAUUUACAACUUAUAUUAUUUGCUCCUAGGGAGCAUUGACCUCCUUCCCUCCCUCUUUCUGACUUCCCUAUAACAUUAACGUAUCUACCGCAUUUCCCUAGUCACUUCUUUACAUUAUAUCAGCGUUUAAAAAUCACUCUCUCAUUUGUAAAUUAGCACCUUAAUUUCACAUUGCUAAACAUUUCAUGUUAAGGCUACAAACCUUUUCAAAUAAGUACAGUUUUCUUUCAAAUAAUAAAUGAAUUUGCUACAGUUCUUUAGAAAUCUUUCAUCGGGUCGAUUCCUGAUUUCCCCCGUCAACUUUGACAACUCCACAAAUUCUACCAUCUUUAUCCGCCAGUCCUCCAGUGUGGGGAGUUCUGCUGUUUCCAUCUUUGGGCCAGGAGGAUUCUUGCUGCCGUUGUGGCAUACAUGAAUAAAUGUACCGUAUUUUUUGCUCUAUAAGACUCACUUUUUCCCUCCUAAAAAGUAAGGGGAAAUGUGUGUGCGUCUUAUGGAGCGAAUGCAGGCUGCGCAGCUAUCCCAGAAGCCAGAACAGCAAGAGGGAUUGCUGCUUUCACUGCGUAGCGAUCCCUCUUGCUGUUCUGGCUUCUGAGAUUCAGAAUAUUUUUUUCUUGUUUUCCUCCUCCAAAAACUAGGUGCGUCUUGUGGUCUGGUGCGUCUUAUAGAGCGAAAAAUAUGGUACAUCUUUUUUAUGAAUUUCUUCACUAAUUAACCCUCUUGUCUUGCAGCCUUAGUCUCCUGCCUCCAGCUGUCCGAUGCCAUCCAGAUUGUCCCCACCCCAUCGACCCCACGUGUAGGACAAACGGUCACCCUUUCUGUGCAGGGCAUAAGGGACCCCACCAUCUGCUUUUGGUUCCGGGGGAACAGAUUCGACAAGGGUCGAAUGAUCUUCCAGAUUGAGGCCGGAAGGGUGGUCUCAAGGGGUGGGGGCUCCACGGACCGCCACAGCCUGGGGAGAGACUGCGCCCUAGUUAUCCAAGGCGUGCAGUCGCCCGACGCUGGGGAGUACUAUUUUAUCGCCUUGCACGGGAGACGCUCAGGUCAAAGAUGGGAAGAUGCUCUGACACAGCUGCAAGUUUCCAGUGAGUACAUAAAGGGGAAAUGAGGCUAUUCUGGGGGGUGGGGGAGAGGCUGGAAGCAGCCUGAAGGAUCUGCAGUGAUUCAGAGUUUAACCGCUGUCGUGGACUGUUUGAACACAGAGGAAUGGUGGUAGUGGGACAGAGGGAUGAGUGGUCAGAGGGAAAAGACUGGAAGGAUGAGCUGUCGGAAGCUGAAGAGGUAACAGGGUAUAGUAAUAAUAAUAAUAAUAAUAAUAAUAAUAAUAAUUUUAAAAUUUAUAUCCUGCCCAUCUGGGGCGUUUUGCCAAGCGUUUGACUGGCCUUGUUCCUGUGUCUCAAAAAGCAGCUUGCAAUGUAGAUACAGUAUCUGGUUAUAUGUUUUUUUAAAAAAUUAUUAUUAUUAUUAUUAUCUGGUUAUCUGGUUGGUAAAAGGGUGUGUGUGCGCACCACAAAAAUAGUUUGCCUGUGGAUUAUGCUGCUACCUCUGGCACAGGAGCAAGAACAGGCAACAAUGAGUGGUUGCCAUGAGGGGGUUGCCAACUGAUGAGACAGCAGCUGCUCUUUCGCCUCUAGCAUCAGCUUGAUCUGCAAACACCAAGAGGUUGUGCAAAUUAUACCAGGCCCAGUAGAAAAGUUGGCAACUCUAGGGAAGUUAGUGAAGUUGGAAACUCUGCGAGAGGCAAUUUUCUCCCUACCCUUCAGCUGACUCUCUCCCUGUUUGUUGCAGACUGAUGAAUCUGGAUCCCCUCCCACGGACCAACAGCUUUCGUUCCAAGGAUGAAGGAACUGGCCCUUAAGAUGAAUGAAUUUCCCCUUUGGUUCCCCUUCCCUUCCUUCUCUCUGAUCACCUCUUGCCUUCCACUAAAGGAGAACACCUCAAUAAAAUAUCCGCACUGGCAAUUCAAAACA